GUUCAUUCACUCAGUCAGUCUUCACACGUCGUAUCGCUUGUACGUGUUCGCGAUAAAAUAAAUACGUAAACGCCGAGAUUAUUGUUUCAAACAUUCGCUCAGCUGAUCAGUGACAAAAAGUAUCUUACGCCAUCACUAAAAAGAAGCCACAUAAUUAGCUAGUGUUGUGAAUUCGCGAGUGAGAUACCAAAAGCAGAUGACUAUCGAAAAUAUCUCGAGUCGAAUGUAAAAAUAUACGCGUCGCCGUGGAGCAUUCACCGCGUGUGACUGAUCGAUAUUUUAUUUAAAUGAUAACAUGGAUUCAAUUAGGUGUUGUUUUAGAAGACGGUGAGAUAUAGUGACUAGUUGCGUUUGUGUUGUGUGCGACGGGGUCGGGACGUCGCGCGGUAGAAAGCGAUGCCUGUAGUGUAGCCGACAUGAGUACGAGCAGAUGGCGCGGCGUGAUCGCACUGGCGACGCUGAUGCUGGCGCAGGCGCACGCGUCGCUCGCGCUGCACCAGCCGCGCUGCGAGGAAAUCGUCAUCCCCAUGUGCCGGGGUAUCGGUUACAACCUCACCUCUUUCCCUAACGCCCUCGACCAUGACACGCAGGAGGAGGCCGGACUUGAGGUGCACCAAUACUGGCCCCUCGUCGAAAUAAAAUGCUCCGCUGACCUCAAAUUUUUCCUGUGCUCCGUGUACACACCCAUAUGCAUCGAGGACUACGCGAAGCCGCUGCCGGCGUGCCGCAGUGUGUGCGAGCGCGCCCGCGCCGGCUGCGCGCCGCUGAUGCAGAAGUACGGCUUUCCGUGGCCCGAGCGCAUGGCCUGCGAGCGGCUGCCGCGUUUUGGGGACCCCGACCACCUGUGCAUGGACGACAACGACCGCGAGCCCGAGCCGGAGCCGCCACGCCCGCCGCCCCGGAAGACGCACAAGAAUGCGUGCAAAGAUCCAAAAAACUGCGAAAGCGGCCCGGCUGCCGGGCCGGACGGCACGGGCGAGGCGGGCGGCGGCGCAUGCACGUGCGCGUGCCGGCCGCCGCUGGUGGCGCGCGCGCCGCCGGCCAACGGCAGCGCGGCCGGCCUGCCCGCCUGCGCACUGCCGUGCCGCGGCGCCUUCUUCACGCGCGAGGAGAAGGACUUCGCCGCCGUGUGGGUCGCGCUCUGGAGCGGCCUCUGCGCCGCCUCCACGCUCAUGACGCUCACCACGUUUCUGAUCGACUCGCAGCGAUUCAAGUACCCGGAGCGGCCGAUAGUCUACCUCUCGGCGUGCUACUUCAUGGUCGCGCUCGGCUACCUGGCGCGGCUCGCACUCGGCCACGAGGAGAUCGCCUGUGACGGGCCCGCACUCAAGGUCUCCGCGAACGGCCCCGGCGCAUGUACGCUCGUGUUCAUCCUCGUCUACUUCUUCGGCAUGGCGUCCUCUAUAUGGUGGGUGGUGCUCUCGUUCGCGUGGUUCCUCGCCGCCGGUCUCAAGUGGGGCAACGAGGCGAUCGCGGGUCAUGCGCAGUACUACCACCUCGCCGCGUGGCUAAUUCCGGCCGCGAAGACGGUGGCGGUGCUGCUCGCGGGCGCGGUCGACGGCGACCCGGUAGCCGGCAUCUGCUACGUCGGAAACUCGUCGCCGGAGAACCUACGGCGGUACGUGCUCGCGCCGCUCAUCGUGUACUUCGCGCUCGGCGCGACGUUCCUACUCGCCGGCUUCGUGUCGCUCUUCCGCAUCCGCUCCGUGAUCAAGCGGCAGGGCGGCAUCGGCGCCGGCUCGAAGGCCGACAAACUCGAAAAGCUGAUGAUUCGUAUCGGCGUGUUCAGCGUGCUGUACGCGGUGCCGGCGGGCGUAGUGAUCGGCUGCCUGGCGUACGAGGCGGGCGGCCACGAGCGCUGGCUACGGCGCGUGGCGUGCGGCGCGGGCUGCUCGGCCGCUCGCCCGCUGUACUCGGCGCUCAUGCUCAAAUACUUCAUGGCGCUGGCCGUCGGCAUCACGUCCGGCGUGUGGAUCUGGUCCGGCAAGACGCUCGACUCGUGGCGGCGCGUGUGGCGCGGCGGCCGCGGCCACCGGCACCGCGCGCUCGUGAAGGGCGGCGUGUGACGGCCCGGCGCGGGCGGGCCCGGCGCCGCGCCUGCCGCGCCGCUCGCGCCGCCCGCGCCGCCCGCGCCGCCGCCGCUGCCGCCCGUCGUGCCCUCGGCGCCGUCGGCGCGCUCGGGCCAGCCGUUGUCGGACUACGGCCCGGUGUAGUCCGAACCCGUGUGUGUGCCAUGUGUGUACCGCUCCGUCGGACAGUCGUGACGUGUCGUGACGUAGCGAGGUCGCGCGUUGUCUAGUCCUAGCGUGUCACGAGCGCGACGUGCACAUAAUAUAUACGUAAUAGUCUGUAAGUGAGGAGUUCCCGCGUGCGACUCCGACGUGACCGCUCGUUCCGAGCCCCCGUAUACUAGUGUAGCGUGGCAAUACUCGUACACUCUAACAUUGUAUAGACGUAGCUCUCGUGUAUAUCCGAUUAUACAGCGUGCAUAUCCAGUAAAAUACUUUAUUUUUAUUGUUGCUUGAAUACACAUAAUAUAAUCACAUCUUUCAUUAUUAAAAAUAAAGUAAUUUCCUGAUAUGCAUCGUUACUAACGGUGAACGUUAUAAAACUAUUUCUGUGUACAUCGAUUUUCAUUUACUCAACAUUAUGUACAUUAUCCGUCGUAAAAACGUGAUGGUUUAUUUGUUGAACUUUUUACAAAUCUCGAUGAAAAUAUUUUCUACCAUAGAAAAGUUUGAACAGUUUGUAAUAUAAUUAUACAUAAUCGCGACUCAUCACUUUACAAAUUAUAUUAUAAGUGAAAGAAAAUGUAAAUAUCUAUAUUUAGUACCAAAUGUCAAUAGGCAGACAUCCUAUUACAUGACGUGUAGACUAGUAUGAAACCAUGUGAUAGUGGCAUGGAAUUAUAAACCGCCAUCUACUGCCAAGUAGGAAAACGUUACAUUUCACAUAAGUUCAUUUGAAAUGAAUAAAUCUAGAUGAAUUUAUGACUCGAACCAAAGCACUUGCAUAUCAGUGAAAUGUUAAAUUGAUUAUUUAUUGUUAAACACAUUCUACGCACAUUAUAGAGACAAGCGGUUCAACUUAACGAUUUACUGGUAUGUACUGUUACCAUAAAUAUAAAAAUAUUAAUUGUAACGUGUUCAUUUUCACACUUAUGAAGACAACUUAUAAUAUCUAUCAACUUGUAAAAAGUCCGCUACCAGUGUUUGUUUGCAUUUAGAUGUGAACACACUAUUUCUAUAAUUAUAAUAUAGGGAUCUCAACGUACAAUAUAUAACGUAAUGUAAGCAACCAAUUGAGGUUUAAUAAUCUCAUUAAAUAAGAUAAUAAAAAUGCUGAUUCGAACUGAAAACAAAAAUCGCUCAAAUAGAAAGUUUAAUGUCAAAGCUAGACCGCCAUGUGUAAUGAUGUAAUUUUGUACCAUAUAUUUAAUUUAUGAACGAGAAGAUAUUGUAAAUGUGUCCGCGGACACCGCAUCCAAUAGCAUGAAACUGUAAUUUAUUUUAUAUCUAGCUGUAGAUAAGAAAUAUAAUAAUAAAGCGACUUUUUUAUGUACAAACUUUAA